CAUAUCAUUUGACAAGGAUGGAAUUUUGGCGAAUCAUAAGUACUUCUUGGCUUCAAUGAACAUUACGGGAAUCAGCACAUGUGAUAUUUUACCUUUUACCCAGUCUGAAACACUGACAAUAACAGACGCAACAUAUGAAGUAACGACAGAUACAACACAUGAAGCAACUCCCACGACACCUGCAGUAACGCUAAACACAACUAAAGAACAGAUAACGGUGAAUACAACAACAAAAAGUACAACCGAAAGUUCUACCGUUUCCAGUUCUAUAAUCAAGUUAAAAGAUGAAAGACCUGAUUAUACAUGGAUAGCUUAUGUAGUGGUGGGUGCUUUACUUCUCCCAUUGGCUGUUGUAUCCAUUGUCAAUUGCAUACGUGUAAGGCGAGAUGACACGCAAGAAAAAGAAACGCUAGAUAAAGCGUAAACAUAACUAGUGUUAUGUGAUCCAAAAAGAUGUAUUUAUCUGAGUGUCUUAUUUUAUUGUAUUCUUUUGUGCAUAAACUUUUAUACAAUAUCACAUAGGUAUUUAUGGUUAUUAAAAUUUAUUAUUAUGUA